CAAUCGACAGUGACCAAUGCAAGUUCGCCCGGUAAAGUUGCUCUUUUGUUACAGUCAGAAACGGUUCAAACUUGCGUAACUAUCAGUCUAUGAUUUAUCCAGAAUUUUUGCACUCGAUCAUGUGGAUUUGCUCUCCACGUAUACAACGCGAUACGUGAACUAAUUAGUCGACAUAUGUUCGCUAAAUCACUGCCGAAGAAUCGUUGAAAGUUUAUAGAAAAAAGAAAGGGAAGGGAAAGAAGAGGAAGCGCGUUAACGAAUUAGAACUUCGUCGAGAGCUGAGGAAGCGGGGACGCGACGGUUCUGAUUGGGACGAAGAGGAAAUGCCUCGAGAGAAGGUGGAUCUUUCGCAAUAUGCCGAGCAGAUCAGAAUUGGCGGCAUCGAGGGCGGUGGAACGCACUCCACGCUUAUCAUUAUCGAUAGUAAAGGAGUACCACUGACGGAGGUCAAAGGACCAAACACCAAUCACUGGAUCCUUGGAAUGGAAGAGACUGCCGCCAGAAUCAAUGCAAUGGUGGAGAAAGGAAAACAAACUUUGGAAAUACCUGAAACAGUUCCCUUAAAUUGUUUGGGUCUUAGUCUAAGUGGAUGCGAGGAGGAGAACACGAAUCGUUUGCUCAUAGAAACCAUGAAAAAAACGUACCCAAACGCUGCUACAGCUUAUUUAAUCAGUUCAGAUACUUUGGGUAGCCUUAGGACUGGUUUACCAGAUGGUGGAAUUGUUCUAAUCGCCGGAACAGGUAGCAACGCUUUAAUGACUACUCCUGAUGGUAAAACUGUUGGAUGCGGUGGAUGGGGACAUAUGAUGGGAGAUGAAGGCAGCGCUUAUUGGAUCGCCCAUCGCGCGUGUAAAUACGUGUUCGAUGAUGUCGAUGGUCUGAAUCCAGCCCCAAAACCUGUCAGCUACGUGUGGCCUGCGAUGAGGGGCUAUUUUAAUGCACCACUGAUGAAGGAUAUGUUGCCGCACGUAUAUACAGAUUUCGAUAAAAGCAUGUUCGCCAACUUCACCAAAGAGCUUGUAAUCGGCUGUGAAAAAAGAGAUCCUCUUUGUUUGUAUAUUUUCCAAGAAAAUGGGAAGUUUCUUGCGAAACACAUUGUGGCUCUUUCAAGGAAAGCUCAUCCUGAUCUUAAGCUAGCUAAGGGAGGACUGAAAGUUGUCUGCGUAGGAUCGGUUUGGAAGUCGUGGGAAUUCAUGAAGGAUGGCUUUGUGGACGAAAUUCACGAGUCAGGUACAGUGGACGAAUUGAGUUUACUUCGUUUAACAGCAUCGGCAGCGUUAGGCGCUUGUUACCUUGCUGCGGAAAAAAUCGACUGGCUAUUCACGAAAUCCUAUGAGAAAAACAUUGAAACGUUCUACCAUUAUAAACGAUUAAAUUAUGUGAAGUCAGUGGAAGCUCUGCCAGAAACGGAAAUGGAAUUCAUCCCUUGUGGUGGUAUAAGUAUGAAAGAAAAUUUAUAAUAAAAAAUGUAAAAAUUGUACAAUUACUAUGAAUAUUAUAAUGAUUCUAUUUUUUAUACGCAAUCAUUGUUAAAUAUAACUAGAUAAU